AUCAUGGAAGAAUCUUUUCAAGAUGUCAUAAAUUGCCGAACAAUAAAAACCGCUUGGGCGCGAAGUUAACGAUCUUUCUCAAUUCGACAAAUAACUUUUGUAUACGAUCGGGAAAAGUAUUAUUAUUCUUUUUACAAUUGCAACACCGUGAAGAGUCAAAAAUGGAGAGCAUGGAUAUCUCGUACAGCGAUGAGAAAAUUGGAGACGUAUCUGAUAUGAUUUGCGAUGAAGAACAGCAUGAAUGUUCUGAUCAUCAAAACAUUGUACUGCAACAAGUGUCCCAAGAUGCCAUGAUCAUUGAACAGGAUUCCCAGCAUGCUGAAAGCAUUAUAUUAGAGCAGAAAUCUGACACAUCAAAAGUAAACAUUCUGCCUGAGCCCAACACUAGUUUCCCAGCGGAAAAUAGCAAAAACGGUUGUGAUGCCAAUCGAUUUCCGCUCCAAGACACUAAGGAUUGCAAUCAGCUCAACAUUAUGUCUAGGAGUAUCAAUUCCAUGGAACUCUUAAAAGGAAAUCUAAUGAACACACUAGAGUAUUCCGGAAUCUGUGGGUCGGACAAAGAAAACAUGUUUGAGGAAGCACGCGAAAUCCGAUUAAAUGAGUUUCCCACUGAAACAAAAAGUCUGCGAUGUGCAUUUCCAUUGGACAACAUUCCGGAAUUUGUAUCAGACUGUUCGUCUGACCAACACUCUUCGCUUCCUGAGGAACAUUUUACUCCAGCUAAUGAAUACAAUUUUACGGCGGCCGAUUUUGAUUGUUUACUGUCUCGGGGUUGCUCGCAGCCUACUUCAGGCACGGUAAAAUCAACUCUAGCUUCUACAUCGUCCCCUUCAACUGCGAACCUUCCGAGAAACUCUGUGCUGGACAAUUUUGACCCACUUUUACGUCGGCAAACUAUUAUAAAGCCAGAAAAUAGAGGUUCCGUUGAACACGUCGAAGGUUCCCCAUCUGGUGCUUGUCUGGCUUUAGUUAAUUUACCACAACGGCAGCCAGACCUCGGAAGUACUAUACCAAUACCAGCAUCCUAUAAUAUCGGCGACGAUCCUUCCGAUCACCAGCUGGUAGACAGUACGCUACUCUUGCUAAAUGCUUUAGACUCAUCAUCAACAACACCCCUAUCGCAACAUCACCCCAGUGUCAGUUUCAAGGAUAACCUGCGCCAGGAAGAAACGGCUUGUUGUCUGCUUGACGCAACCAUAGAUCCAAAUUAUUACGGUAAUAGGGAUCAUAGUGAAAGCUCGUUAGACAAAACAUUAACUACAGUAGAAAACGAAAUCAGCGAAUCCUCAAAAUCGUCGGAACGUCUUGUGUUUUCAACUAACUCGAUAACACAAGAAGUUUUAGACAGUCCAAAUGAGGAACAAAAUGAACCAUUAGUGGAAAUUUCGAAUUUCGAUAAAGAUUCUGUCCAACUGGUGGAAAGUAACACAGACGCCGAAGAAUUGUCGAAAUUGGAUUCGGGCUUAAGCACAACACCUCGUGAAGACUUGAUUGUUGAACAAUUACAUGAAUCGCACCUCAAAGUUCCAUCACCUGUAAAACAACCGGCAUUAGGAGUCAUUACAGAACAUACAGUAGAUUUAAGCAGUACUGUGAUUUUCGCAGGUGUUUCUAAUGCUCAUAAUGAUUUAACGAUUCAUGACGGGAAUAUGAUUGCUGAACCGAACUCUGAAAAACAGAACAUUGCCGUGCAAAAUAUGAGUGAGGAUCGAUCGGUACCGAACGAGGAAGGUUAUGCUGAGGUUGAAAAAAAAAGUAAAACUGAAGAAGUAAAUAUUGCAGAUAUAGAGAAAAAGAUGCAUGACGUUGAACUCAGAGAAGAAAGCAUGUUAAAGCGGAUCACAGAAAAAGAUAAAACAAUUUCCAAAAUGAGCAACGUGGUUGAGGCAUACGAGCGAACUAUAGCUGAGUUGAUAUCGGAAAAAGAAAUUUUAAUCCGCAAUCACGAAGUUGAAUGCGAAAGUCUUAAGCAAGACAAUGAAAUCAACGCACAACAUUUGGAAUCUUUGGAGAAAACCUUUUCAAACUUAUAUGCGAAAUAUGAGCGUAUGAAAAAGAGCGCAAUAAAAUAUAAAGAAAAUGAAGAUAAGCUUUUAGAAAAGGUUUUGAAACUUGAAGAAUGCCUUAGAGCGCAAGAGCAGCGGUAUGAAAAAAUGAAAGGUCAUGCUAUGAGUCAACUGGAAAUUGCAAACACCAAAAUUGAUGAAGCUCUCCGCAACCAUUCCCAGGAAUCAGCAAAGUUAAAAGCUCAGAUAAAGAAAGAGGAACUGUAUCGAAUUUCGAUCAACGAGCAGUUGAUUCAAAAAUCAAAAGAAAAUGAAGAGUUGGUUAAGAUAUGCGACGAGCUAAUCAGUGAAACCAAUUGAAAGAUAUUUACUAUUAGCAUGGAUUAAAUUUUCCCAAAUCCACUUAAAUGCGCUUCAUGAAAUGAACAGCAAAUGUAGAGAAAAAGAUUCAGUGUUUCUUUUCUCCAUCAGCCAUUGUAUGAAAUGAAAGAGAGUCGUAGUUGUUCGCUUUGGUAGUAGUUUCGCGCGUCAAGUACUAAUUUGUUGCACAUCUUUCAACAAGUUUGAACAUUUGUAUCCAUGUCUGAUUUAUGAAAACGAAGUGACAAAUAUUGUUAUUUUUUUUUCAUUCUCGUUUUCAACAACAGAAAUGUUGCUCUCUAUUUCAAUUUAUUCUUAACUACAAUCGUAACAAACAAAAUUUGUAUUAACAAAAAACCCAUCUGUCAUUUAAAAACAUCCCGAGAUAUAAAAUAUUAUCUAUUCGUUAACCAACUAUAAACGACAAACGCACUAUUUCCAACAAAUGUUCGCCUAAUAUUUUUCGAUACCAAUGUAAUAAACUUGCAUAACUACUGUUAGAGAUCUACUGUAAAAAUAUGAAAAACGCAUAUAUUAAUAAAUAACUACGCAGCUAUUAUCGUACGAAGAUAAA